UCUACAUUCAUACAGAGAAGAAAUCCAGGACGUAGCUGUGUUGUUUACUGGUCGGUCGAGCCGUUAUUGUUCUCUGUGCGGUUCCUGCGUUUGUAUCUUUCUAACAGGAUUAUUUGUUAUCCAUGGGUCGUAGAAAGUCAAAACGAAAGCCUCCUCCUAAAAAGAAAAUGACCGGAAACCUGGACACACAGUUCACCUGCCCCUUUUGUAACCACGAGAAAUCUUGUGAUGUUAAAAUGGAAAGAAGUCGAAACACAGGAAUAAUAUCAUGUACUGUGUGCCUGGAGGAGUUCCAGACGCCCAUUACCUAUCUCUCAGAACCAGUGGAUGUAUACAGUGAUUGGAUAGACGCUUGUGAAGCAGCCAACCAGUAACUCAUCUCAUGGGACCACAAAAGAAAACAGUAUGGCCCCAUCAUCAAGUGUUUUUCCCCAUCCCAACAAUGCAUUACCAGUGACAGUAAUGCCCUGUUUUUUGUUUGUCCCAUAUUGGAAUGUGAUGUAUUUAAGUCAUACUACACUGCUUUAAUUUUGUUAGUUACACAUUUGACAACAUAAAUUAAUCAUAAUGUUUAUGAAUUAAUGAGUUGGUAGCUCCAACACAGACCCAACUUUUUCUUUUAAAAACUUGUAAACUUUGAGUUUGUCUUAUGUUGUUGGGUGAUUUAUGAUUUUAUAUAAAUAAUGUUUGGGUAAUUGUAUGUCAAUAAACAAUUCUGCAUACUC